AUGUCUUCAUCAAUAUCAGCGUCCUUUAUCUUCGUGGUCAUCUACAUACUGGAAGCAAUCAUCAUCAUCGUUGGAAACAUCUUUACUAUCUUUGUCUUCUGGACCCAGAGACCACAUCUAAAGCGAGCGUAUUUUAUUUUGAUUAACCUCGCCGUUGCCGAUUUAUUUGUAGGUAGUACAGUGCUAACCGUAUUAAUAGGAACUGCUAUUUCACAAAACAUCACAGACGGGUACAAUGUGUUAAGGACAAGCCAAUCAUACCCCUUCGUGGCAUUUGUAGUUCUAUCUUCAAAUACGUCUGUUUAUUUUCUCGCGCUUGUCUCACUGGAACGUGCUUUCGCUGUCUUAUGGCCAAUCCGUCAUCGCACUGCGAACAGUCGAGUUUACAUCCAUAGCAUAGUUGUUUUGUGGACCGUUGGACUGUGUUUCUUUGCUCUAACCCUGCUUUCCUUCCAUUAUUCGGAGGUGAAAAAGAAAUACAUUUUUAUCUCUACUGACGCUUGUCUUCUUAUUUCUCUUUUGGUUAUCUGUGCAAGUUACAUUAAAAUACACAAUCAAUUACGUGCACCAUCACCCGAGUUUGAUAUCCAUACCAAUCAAUUAAGAAAACGCAAUCUUCCACUUUCAAAAACGCUUUUUAUUGCAAUCGCUUCAUCGCUUGUGUUUUGGAUGCCUGCGUUUGUUGUCUACUCAACGAGAGAGUUCUGCCAGCGAUGCAUUCCUGAUAGCUUUGUGCCGUACGUGUAUGCAUUACAUCUAACAAAUUCUAUGAUGAAUCCUAUCGUGUACAGUUUCAGAAUGCGAAUGUUCAGAGACGUUUUGAAGGCAUUGUGCAGGAAAAGACGACAGAACAUGCAUAUGGAGCUAAGAGCAGUUCAGCAAAAGAGACUGGGAUAUGAUUUGGAAGGUUCUUUUACUCCCAACAAACAUGAG